GAGCUGAGCUGCAGGGGCUCGAGCGCUCGGGAGAGCAGUGGCUGCUACACUUCAACAGCUCAGGGGCCGUGCCUCUCCCCUCCCUUCAGCUGACGGCCACAUCGGCCCUUCUGGCCUUGCCGCGGCCAGUCCUCAUGCGCUUGCCUGGCUUCCAGAAGGCUGUAGCUGAGAGGUGGCCGUCGUUGCGAUGUACCGACCGCGAUUUUCCCGCAACCGUGACAGAGGGCGCCACAACCACCAAGGUCUACGCCAUCUAUCAGGACGCGUGGUGGGUCAGCAAGCUGGACUUGCUGCGUGGGGUGCGUGAGAACUUGACGACCGAGCCACCUGUCGCCAUUCACUACCACGAUGGUGAGGCAAACGCGACGUUUCAGGGCUUCGCGCCUGGCGACCGGCGCGAGAGGCGCGAAGGGAAGGGUCACGCCCAGUGA